AUGCGUAGGUCACGUUUCUUCGCAAAGGUCAUCCUUAUGGGCACCACAAUCAACGUGCUCGCAGUACUUGGUGGAAGUCGAUUCCUUUGGUAUAAAACUCCAACGACAGAAUGGGAACAAGGCGCACUCCCCAUCGGCAACGGUCGCCUUGGAGGCACUGUCUGGGGCGGCGCUAAUGAGACUCUCACCCUGAACGAGAACUCCAUCUGGUCUGGUCCUAUUCAAGACCGCACCCCACCAAACGCCCUAGCCGCCCUACCGAUUGCUCGCGAGCUGUUUCUUGCUGGAAAAAUCACUGAAGGGGGGCAACUAGUCCUGCGGAACAUGACCCCUGCCGAGCAGUCUGAGCGACAGUUUGGGUAUUUUGGAAACCUCGACUUCAAUUUCGGACAUACCAAUGAAUUGGACAACUAUAUUCGAUGGCUAGAUACUGGACGCGGAAACUCCGGCGUCGAUUACUCUUAUGAUGGCGUGAACUACACGUAA